AUGGAUCGGUUACAACGAAUGCUUGGAUCUGCUGCUGCUGGUUUCGGUCAGGCAGCACAACCUGGUGUUGACAGCGACAUUGUCGACAACUCUGAAACUGUUCACAUUUCAUCGCUGGCUUUACUCAAGAUGUUGAAGCACGGUCGUGCUGGUGUACCCAUGGAAGUCAUGGGUCUCAUGUUGGGUGAAUUUGUGGAUGACUAUACCGUACGCGUUGUUGACGUUUUUGCUAUGCCACAAAGCGGUACCGGUGUUUCCGUCGAAGCCGUUGAUCCUGUUUUCCAGACAAACAUGCUGGAGAUGUUGAAGCAGACUGGACGACCGGAAAUGGUUGUCGGCUGGUACCAUUCUCAUCCUGGUUUUGGCUGCUGGCUGUCCAGUGUAGAUAUCAACACACAGCAGAGCUUUGAACAACUGAACGCUCGUGCUGUCGCCGUCGUCAUCGAUCCUAUCCAGUCUGUCAAGGGCAAAGUUGUCAUUGACGCUUUCCGAACCAUCAACCCACAAACUGCCAUGCUCAACCAGGAACCUCGUCAAACCACAUCCAACAUUGGCCACUUGAACAAACCUUCAAUCCAAGCUUUAAUCCACGGCUUAAAUCGUCACUAUUACUCGCUCGCUAUCAAUUAUCGGAAAAAUGAAUUGGAAGAGAAGAUGUUGCUGAACUUGCACAAAAAGAACUGGACUCAUGGCUUGACCUUGGAGAACUUUACGGAGCAUACCGAAGAAAAUGAACUGAGUGUAAAGAAAAUGCUUUCACUCGCAGAGGCAUACAACAAAUCAGUGCAAGAAGAACUGACAAUGACACCCGAACAACUCAAGACGCGCCAUGUCGGUAAACAGGAUCCAAAACGCCAUUUGGAAGAGUCGGUGGAAAAGGUGAUGGGCAACAACAUUGUCAUGGCACUUGGUACCAUGAUCGACAGUGUCAGCUUUUAA